AUGAAGUCGACCACAUUGAAUAUUGCGCGAUCCCAAGCAGUCCCCACCAAUGAACUACCACAGAACGUAGGAAGACACCCAAAACGAGUGGAUGCUGCACUGCCAGGCAAACACACCCGGCAGUUACGGAUCAAUGCGAUUGCGGACAAGCAGACCGUGGAGCACUUCCUCUUCCGCUGUCGGAAGUGGACUGCGCACCGGACGGAACUGUUACAAUGCACCCAGACUCACCGAGGAAACAUAUCCUUCGCCCUUGGGGGAAAACAGCCUUCUGAUGAUCAGAAGUGGACGCCAAGUCUAGAAGCAGUACGGGCCUCGAUACGUUUCGCCAUCGCGACGGGCCGACUCGAGGCUACUUGA